AUGCUGAUCCUUGCUUUGAUCUCUUUCCAAGCAACAUCUGUUCUCUAUGGAUACGAUGACAAAGUCAUUGGUUCCGUCGCGGCCAUGGAACAAUUCGUCAAGAAGUACCAAGGCAAGAACGCCGAGGGCGCCUAUGCCUUCUCUGCUCGCAACCAGACCCUGAUCUUCUCAGUCCCACUCGUCGGUGCCAUCUUUGGAGCUGCAUUCUCCGGCUACCUCACCACAAAGUUUGGUCGCAAAUGGCCAAUCGUUGGAUCUUAUGCAUUCUCCUACGCAGGGACAUUCCUCCAAACAUUCGCUCCCAAUUUUGCAGCUUUUGUAUGCGGUCGCUUCAUGAACGCCUUCCUCAUCUCGAUCGGUACCACCAUCUCCAUCUUGUACCUUUCGGAAGUCGUUCCAGCCAGAUACCGUGGACCCGCCGUCAGCGCAAGCAACAUCUUCAACCUCAUCUCUGGUGUCAUUGCGACCGUCAUCUGUAACAAGACACACACUUUCGCCAGCGAGUCAUCAUUCAAGAUCCCUCUGGGCGCACAAGCAAUCCUUCCCACAAUCCUGAUUCCUCUAACGGCCUUCGUACCCGAAUCGCCACUUUGGCUUCUGAUGAAUGGUCGUGCCGAAGAAGCUAGAGCCAGCUUGCGCAAGCUGAGAUCCUUCGACGAUGCUCUCGUUGAUGAUGAGCUUCACGUCAUGAAGCAGGCUCACGACUCCGAGGUUGCGUUGACUACUGGUGUUUCAUUCUUUGAUCUCUUCAAGAGAAAGAACAUCAAGCGCACAUUGGUCGCCGGCUCCAUGUACUCGGUCAACCAAGUCUCUGGUAUCAUCCUGUCGACUACAUACGCGACAAUUUUCCUGACAGAUCUCGGUGUUGGAAGUCCAUUCCAGUUGACCAUUGCAGCCUCGUGCUGUGUACUCGCCGGUACUAUGAUUGCGCCAUUGAUCAUCGAGAACUUUGGUCGUCGUCCGGUUGCUAUUGUGGGAAUGUCGGUGCUAUUCGUUAUUGACCUCAUUGCCGGUGUCCUUGCUUUCUAUGCUGACGAGAAGAAUGUCCCACUCGCCAUUGCGAUUUUAUCCUUCCUCUUCAACGUCUUUUGGGCCGCUUCCUUCUACCCACUUUCGGUAGUCCUGCCGACUGAGGUCCCCGAGGCUCGUCUUCGCAGCAUUACCACUUCUUACACAUUGGCUUGCGCAUACACUACUGCUGUGCUCACCACUUUCUCGGUGCCUCAUCUUGUCACAGUCGGACCCGGCGCCGCAGGCCUCGGUGCCAAGACAUAUCUCAUCUUCGGUGGCUGUGUACUAGUCAUCCUCGCCGUGUACACAUGCUUCUUGCCUGAGACAAAGGGACGAACAUUUGCCGAAAUCCAAGAGAUGUACGAAGCAAAGGUGCCUGUCACAAAAUGGAAGAGCUACCAGACUUCUCCCGAGAGCAAGGAAGCAAAGAUUGUGGAUCAUCUCGAGGCUUCCGACGUGAAGGCUUAG